AUGGAACAAGAAAUGGAAAGACGUCAAUUCAAAUUGGCCCAAGUACAGGCCUGUCAGCCAGAAGAUAGCAGGCCCACCAGGAAAUGGACAGGACAUGACCGUGAAUGGUGGUUCGAGGGUUGGCCAAAGAGCUGGUUAGAACCUGAACAAAGUUCUAACCAGCUAUUUGAGGAUUGUCAGCCAGAAGAUAGCAGGCCCACCAGGAAAUGGACAGGACAUGACCGUGAAUGGUGGUUCGAGGGUUGGCCAAAGAGCUGGUUAGAACCUGAACAAAGUUCUAACCAGAUAUUUGAGGAUUGUCAGCCAGAAGAUAGCAGGCCCACCAGGAAAUGGACAGGACAUGACCGUGAAUGGUGGUUCGAGGGUUGGCCAAAGAGCUGGUUAGAACCUGAACAAAGUUCUAACCAGCUAUUUGAGGAUUGUCAGCCAGAAGAUAGCAGGCCCACAGAGAAAUGGUCAGGACAUGACCGUGAAUGGUGGUUCGAGGGUUGGCCAAAGAGCUGGUUAGAACCUGAACAGAGUUCUAACCAGAUAUUUGAGGAUUGUCAGCCAGAAGAUAGCAGGCCCACAGAGAAAUGGUCAGGACAUGACCGUGAAUGGUGGUUCGAGGGUUGGCCAAAGAGCUGGUUAGAACCUGAACAGAGUUCUAACCAGAUAUUUGAGGAUUGUCAGCCAGAAGAUAGCAGGCCCACAGAGAAAUGGACAGGACAUGACCGUGAAUGGUGGUUCGAGGGUUGGCCAAAGAGCUGGUUAGAACCUGAACAAAGUUCUAACCAGAUAUUUGAGGAUUGUCAGCGAGAAGAUAGCAGACCCACAGAAGAAUGGACAGGACACGACCGUGAAUGGUGGUUCGAGGGUUGGCCAAAGAGCUGGUUAGAACCUGAACAAAGUUCUAACCAGAUAUUUGAGGAUUGUAAGCCAGAAGAUAGCAGGCCCACCAGGAAAUGGACAGGACAUGACCGUGAAUGGUGGUUCGAGGGUUGGCCAAAGAGCUGGUUAGAAUCUGAACAAAGUUCUAACCAGAUAUUUGAGGAUUGUCAGCCAGAAGAUAGCAGGCCCACAGAGAAAUGGUCAGGACAUGACCGUGAAUGGUGGUUCGAGGGUUGGCCAAAGAGCUGGUUAGAACCUGAACAAAGUUCUAACCAGAUAUUUGAGGAUUGUCAGCCAGAAGAUAGCAGGCCCACAGAGAAAUGGUCAGGACAUGACCGUGAAUGGUGGUUCGAGGGUUGGCCAAAGAGCUGGUUAGAACCUGCACAAAGUUCUAACCAGAUAUUUGAGGAUUGUCAGCAAGAAGAUAGCAGGCUCACAGAAGAAUGGACAGGACAUGACCGUGAAUGGUGGUUCGAGGGUUGGCCAAAGAGCUGGUUAGAACCUGAACAAAGUUCUAACCAGAUAUUUGAGGAUUGUCAGCCAGAAGAUAGCAGGCCCACCAGGAAAUGGACAGGACAUGACCGUGAAUGGUGGUUCGAGGGUUGGCCAAAGAGCUGGUUAGAACCUGAACAAAGUUCUAACCAGCUAUUUGAGGAUUGUCAGCCAGAAGAUAGCAGGCCCACCAGGAAAUGGACAGGACAUGACCGUGAAUGGUGGUUCGAGGGUUGGCCAAAGAGCUGGUUAGAACCUGCACAAAGUUCUAACCAGAUAUUUGAGGAUUGUCAGCCAGAAGAUAGCAGGCCCACAGAGAAAUGGUCAGGACAUGACCGUGAAUGGUGGUUCGAGGGUUGGCCAAAGAGCUGGUUAGAACCUGCACAAAGUUCUAACCAGAUAUUUGAGGAUUGUCAGCAAGAAGAUAGCAGGCCCACAGAAGAAUGGACAGGAAAUGACCGUGAAUGGUGGUUCGAGGGUUGGCCAAAAAGCUGGUUAGAACCUGAACAAAGUUCUAACCAGAUAUUUGAGGAUUGUCAGCCAGAAGAUAGCAGGCCCACCAGGAAAUGGACAGGACAUGACCGUGAUUAA